AGCGCCAAUAGUCACAGAAAGCGGCUCGUGCAAAGCGGAGCGCGUCGCUUGCAACUCCCUACGGGAGUGCCUGUGUUUGUGCUUGCAGUGCCGCCGGGUUCGGGCAGUGACUCGUCGCACAUGCUUCGGGGGCCGUGGGGCAGACUCAAGAGCUAGAUUUUUGCAGUCAGUGACUGAGCGCGCGAUGGACCCGCGCGGCGUGGUGCAUGCAUCCAGGGAAACAGGGAUUCGCUGGAGGAUGUGUUUCUGGUGCGGUGGUCCAGGGUUGAAAGCCGCGCUGGCAUUCGCGGCUAUCUUGUUCAUCGUGCGGGGCUGGCCGUGCACGGACGCCAGACGGUUCACGGUGGAGGAACUCAUGCGCACACGGUUCCCAAAGAGGGUUUCAGACGACCAGGAUCUGGAUCCGUGCAAAUCAGAUCUGGUGAUGGGCGACAUCGCCGUGCCAACAGAGUCAUUUCGUCGGCGGAGUCGACAAGUCAAGUCAGCAACUGGCAUCAGCCUGCCCGACAGAGGGUACCGGUUACACGCGAAAAGGCGGCGGCAUCGGCACAGGGGUGAUCGGCAGAGCAAGACCCGGAGGCGAACGCGAGCAGCAACGGCGCGGUCUGAGCGCCUUUGGGAGCAAGCUGUCAUCCCCUACGAGAUAGAGGCCAACUUCAGCGGGGACCACCGCGCGCUGUUCAAGCAGGCGAUGCGCCACUGGGAGAACAACACGUGCGUCAAGUUCGUUGAGCGAGGCCCGGACCAUCCGCACUAUAUUGUAUUCACGGAGCGACCGUGUGGGUGCUGUUCCUUCGUGGGCAAACGUGGAAAUGGUCCCCAGGCCAUAUCGAUCGGCAAGAACUGCGACAAGUUCGGGAUCGUGGUGCAUGAGCUGGGCCACGUCGUGGGUUUCUGGCAUGAGCACACGCGUCCGGACCGGGACAGCCACGUGGACAUCAUCAUGAAGAACAUCAUGACGGGCCAGGAGUACAACUUCAACAAACUUACCGACGAAGAGGUCAACUCCCUGGGAAUGGCGUACGACUUCGACUCCAUCAUGCACUACGCUCGCAACACCUUCUCCAAGAGCACGCAACUGGACACCAUUUUGGCACAGGAGCGCGCGGAUACCAAGGUGCGGCCGGAGAUAGGACAGCGGGUACGACUGUCACAAGGGGACAUCGCGCAGACAAACAAGCUCUACAAUUGCCCAAAGUGCGGUCGUACACUGCAAGAUCCGAGCGGGGAGGUGAGGUCUCCGGAGGUGCCCAACAGCGUGCAUCCCGAAGGAGAGCACUGCGAGUGGCGGGUGACGGCUACACACGGAGAGCGCAUCCUGCUGAAUAUCACCCACCUAGACAUCUUCGAGUCGGACAAAUGCGAGACAGACUUCUUGGAAAUCAAGGACGGGUACUGGUCCAUGUCGCCCCUACUCGGUCGCUACUGUGGCUCAGGACAGAUCCUGGAAACAGUGAGCACAGGAUAUCGGAUGCUCAUCAUCUACAAGACUUCGAGCAACCAAGUCGGGCAUGUCGGGUUCAGGGCCCAUUACGAAGCUGUGUGUGGAGGGGAUGUGGUGAUGGAAGAAGGUGUCCUUCAGAGCCCCAACUAUCCCGACGACUAUCGGCCAAAUAAGGAAUGUGUCUGGCGAAUCACUGUGCCCGAAAAGUUUCAGGUUGCUCUCAAAUUUCAGUCCUUUGAGGUGGAGAGCCACGACAACUGCGUGUACGACUACUUAGAAGUGCGCGACGGGCAUGACGCGAACAGCCCCCUGCUGGGAAAGUUCUGCAGCUAUAAAAUUCCGGAUGACUUGCGCUCAUCAUCGAACAAGAUGCUCGUGAAGUUUGUAUCAGAUGGAUCAGUCAACAAACCUGGUUUCUCGGCUACCUUCAUGAAAGAGUAUGACGAGUGCAAAAACGAGGACCACGGGUGUGAACACCAAUGCGUGAACACUCUUGGGGGAUACCGCUGCCAGUGCACCAUUGGGUAUGAGCUGCACUCCGAUGGAAAGAAGUGCGAAGACGCCUGUGGAGGUCGUAUCCAAGCAUCGAACGGUACCAUCACAAGCCCUUCGUUCCCAGACCUGUACCCGUCCAACAAAAACUGCAUCUGGGAAAUUGUGGCGCCUCCGCAGUAUCGCAUCACUCUCAACUUCACACACUUUGACCUUGAAGGCAAUAACCAAGACUGUGAGUACGACAGCCUGGACAUCAUGAGCAAGAUGAGCGACGAAACAAUGCGGAAACACGGCAUCUUCUGCGGCUCCUACCUGCCACCGGUCAUCACGUCCGAGGACAAUAACCUGCGCCUCGAGUUUAGCUCAGACAACUCCGUCCAGAAGAGCGGCUUUGCUGCCAUCUUCCUCACGGACAAAGACGAGUGCGCACAUAACAAUGGCGGCUGCCAGCACAUCUGCAAGAACAUUGUGGGGAGCUACAUUUGCGCUUGCCAGAACGGCUUCGUUCUCCACCCGAACAAGCACGAUUGCAAAGAGGGAUCAUGUACGCAGCAGAUAACGACUCCAUUGGGUGAGAUCAACAGCCCCAACUACCCGGACUCUUACCCGAGCAGGAAGGACUGUGCUUGGCUUUUCACCACCACGCCGGGACACCGCCUCAAACUGAUCUUCAAUGAUUUUGAGCUGGAGCCGCAUCAGGAGUGCGCCUACGACCACAUCUCCCUGUACGACGGCGACAGCACGGAUGCCCCAACGCUAGGCCGCUUCUGCGGAGCGAAAGUGCCCCAUCCCAUCCUUUCCUCGUCUAAUCGCAUGUACAUGGUGUUCAAGAGCGAUGCGUCCGUGCAGCGCAAGGGUUUCAAAGCGGCGCACUCGACGGCGUGCGGAGGGCGGCUGCUGGCUACCGGCCGCACCGUGGAGCACCUCUACUCGCACGCCAAGUACGGUGACCAAAACUAUGACAACAAGGAAGACUGCGACUGGCUCGUCGAGGCAGAGUUUGGUCGGGUGCGCCUCCGCUUCUUAACCUUCGAGCUUGAGCACGAACAGGACUGUGGCUACGACUACGUCCAGCUCUUUGAUGGCUAUGACGAUUCUGCCGCCGUUCUCGGCAAGUUCUGCGGAAACAAGUUGCCUGGCGAGUUCACUUCGAGUUCAAACGCAAUUCUAUUGCGCUUCCGCUCGGAUGACAACAUCAAUGCCAAAGGAUUCUCAGCUGCUUACGUUGUCGUCGACGACGAAGACGGCAUGGCUUCAACAACGCAAGACACCCUCACAACGUCUUCCCACCAAACAGACCACAAGGCACGGUUCUUCCGGCCCUAACUCCAACUGUUCCGUAGAAGAAAAAAAAAAGCUCUAUGGACAGUGAAACUGGCGGACUGACCUUAUGCCGUUGGUGACGCCAUUCGUUGGCAUGUGCGAAGAGGACAACGCGAGGGUAUUCUAUCGUCCAGCCACUCGGUAUAUUCGUUGCGGGUCAGUUUUGGUGUCACGCUGGGAAUGGUGAGGUUGGUAGGUCAAGCACGCUGAUGUUUGGUUCGCAUUCGGAAACAUCGUCGUCAAAAUACGUACAGGAAUCGUGAGCUCGAGACGAAAACCGUUUUGAGGCGGCGACAGCGUGGCUCCUGCUACUUGAAGGCGAAGUAACAAAAGGGCAUUUGCUGGAGGAGGAGGAGGAGGCGCUUCAUGGCAUAAAUAUAUUAAUGUGAUUUCACGUUCACUGUCUCAUCUUUUGGGUAUCCCAUGUAAUGCCGCGUUAUCUGUGCUCCACCAGUGAGACGACACGGAAACAUUGCGUAGCAUUGGGUAAGUAUAUGGUUGCCGUCGUCAUUGUCACUUCAAAUGGAAAGGAAAUGGCGAUGCUGUGUAAUAUAGCACAAAAGGAAUCCCCCAGCUUCCCCUGUUUAAGUUUUAUUCUCUUAUUUUAUGGUAGUGUGUGGGGAGCAACCCUUUCAAAAGUAAAUCCGUCGAGACAGCCCCUUACGCAGCUGCCCCAUUGCAUCAUUGCAGUUUGCAUGUGAUAAUUUGUGUGCAACUUCAUUUUACCUCAUGCAGUGUGGGUGCCCUGCGCUGGUGUCGCGUGUGAGCUGAUAAGCGACUGGUACGUUAUCAGAGCUAUGGACAGGAAACACGCGUCGACCAUUUACGAAGUCUAAGUUGAUGGCAGAUUACGUUAGGGAAAGGGUUUCGCAUACAGCUUGCUUUGCUGCAGGUGAGAAAUUCGCUAAAGCAAAAAGUACGAGACGUAUUGAAAUGAUGAUUAUCAGUAUAAACAAAUAGUGUAUGCGUGUUGUACUAAGCCCACGAUGAAAUGUUUCUAAAUCCAAUUCGAAUCUGAAAAUAGAGUAUCAUUUUGUGUCUCUCACGUUUAUUCUCAGUGUUUUGGAUGAUACAGGCGGUAUGUGGCCUUCACUGUUCAAUUGUCUGAGGAUGAUUUUCACAUCGGUCUUGUGAAUGAGUACAUGCAGUUUCGGUCAGCAUUCACUCUCUCAUUUAUAUUUCUUUUCCUUUUUUUUUACAUUUUACGGCUCCUUAUCUUUGCAAGAGAUAGUGGUGCCAAAAGCUGCGCGAUACCCUUCGAACGUUUCACCAUUGCAAAUACUGAACACCCCAGCGUCUACUAUUGAUUUAUUACCGAAUGCUAUGUGGCUCGUUAAAUGGAGUUUGGGAGCCGUAGGAAGGUGACGCCAUCUGUGAGAUACAAUAGUAACUGGCAUCCGAAAGCUUUUGAAUUAAAAGGUGCCAGUUCUCGGUCAGCUGACUCAGCUCCAACGUGGUUAUAAACCCUGCAAUGUCUCUUGUCAGUGCACGCAAUGCCAUGAUGCAGGAUAGACUGAUUUACAGUAGGUGACAGCUCGAUAACUCAGGGUCCGAGGAAUAAUCACAACAUAUCAUUUCAUCGCGAUGGCACAGAGGAAUGACGAUGUCACACAGAUGAGACGAAGGGCGUGUUUGUGAGAGUUGUGCAAAAUGGGUUCGAUGAAAUCGUGGUAUAUUGAAAAUGAAAAGGAUGAAGAAAUAAAAUGCUGAUUUAGAAGA